CAUUUAUUGUUGACUUUAGCAAUGUUCAGCCAUACAGCCAAGAUGUAAAGGGUCUGAAAACUCAAAAGCUGUUUGCUGUUCUGAUUCCAUGUCCACGGAUGGGUUAUUCCGGCUUCUUGAAUCAGAACACUGUGAUGCUUACUACACAAUUUACUACCUAUUCCAUUCCAAAAGCAAUGAAGUCAGGGAAUUCUUAGGAACAAAGCUAUUUAAUCUAUCAGAAACUGAACUGGAGUUUUUCCUACCCCAACUGCUACAUCUGUACAUCAACUAUUCUUUUGUUGCGGACCAUAUUCACUCCUAUCUCCUUUGUCGCUGCUUGAAUGAUGAUAUUUUUGCUUUAAAAACGGUUUGGUGGUUGAAGUCAUGCAGUCAAGACGAAUGGAUGAACCCUGAUGCAAAGCGUAGAGGACUCAGAUUAUUGGACAUUAUUAUAUCAAACGACAUGAAAUCUAAAAAGGGGACUAGUCCUGGAAAGUCAUCUUCACCAGGAGCAUCACUGCUGAACCUAUCUGAAACAGAAACCCUAAAAAGAAGCAGUUCAACUCACUCCCUCUCCAUAUCACCAACUCAACCCCACGUGACAACCACGCCCAAGUUCGUGCGGACACAUUCCAGAUCCAGAUCAGAUGACAGUGGUCUGAUAAACUUCAUACCUAUUUUGAGAAGUGCCAGCACCCAACACUUGUCCGAUUUAGCAUCAGGCGGAGCAUUUGAACUGGACUGCUCAAACUGUCUAAACUCCUCCACCUUCUGGUCGUGUAGAAGUCACGUGCCUCGGUUGACAGUCCUACAGAACUUUGUCCAAUCCUUCCUAAACAUAUGUGACAAACUCGGACCACUGGCAACCAAAGAGGACAAAAUGAACAAGUUACACGCCGAACUGGGCAUCAUAAAUCUCAACCUUCCAGCUCGAGUUAAAAUCCCCACAAUCGGUGCCAAACACUACGACAUAGUUCGAAUUCCACCAAACCAAGGAAUCGUACUAAACUCAAAAGAAAGGAUCCCAUAUAUGGUAAACAUAGAGUAUGUAGAACGGCACAGCUCUGACUCCCCACUCCCAGCGCGGUGUACCAGAAACAACGACCCUGCCACGCCCCUAAAAACAGAUAACGACCCAUUUCAAACAAUAUCCGCUGCUUCAAUCCGGAACAAUCUCUCAACCCAAUCAGAAAGUGAAUGCCCCAAGUUUUCUUACGAUAAUAGUGAUCCGUCAGCUAGCAGGUUAAAGGAACAAUGGGAACUGACAGUUCAGCGAACAAAGCAGUUCUCCCCAUACGGCCAUCUACCUGGCUGGAAUCUCCACUCGUGUAUCGUUAAAUGUGGGGAUGAUUUGCGGCAGGAAGUGGUGGCGUACCAGUUGCUGAAACAGUUCCAGAAAGUAUGGCUGGAGGAGAAACUAGAGCUGUGGCUGUACCCGUACUCGGUAGUAGUGGUCAGUGAGGAUUGUGGGUUUAUUGAACUCAUACCAAACACUGUUUCCAUUCAUCAGGUUAAGAAACAGAGUAAGCUAUCCCUCCUGGGUUAUUUUAUCCAGGAGUUUGGUUCAGUCACCUCCCAAUCCUUCCUUACUGCUCAGAAAAACUUUGUUCACAGCCUGGCUGCGUACUCUCUCUUUUGUUACUUCAUCCAAGUGAAGGACAGGCACAACGGCAAUAUACUGGUAGACAACCAAGGUCACAUAAUUCACAUAGACUACGGGUUUAUGUUGUCUCAUUCCCCGGGCCGGAACAUAGGGUUUGAGAACUCCCCUUUUAAGUUGACCGAGGAGCACGUCGAGGUGCUGGGCGGACAAGACAGUGAUUUAUUCAACUACUUCAAACAGCUGCUCCUCAAAGGGUUCCUAGCUGCUCGGAAACAUUUCGAGCGUAUCAAGUUGAUUGUUGAGGUUAUGCAGUUGGGGUCACAGUGGCCGUGUUUCAACCGCCGCGCUGCAACGGUACACGAUCUGCAGAAUAGGUUCUUUUUGAACCUCACGGAGGAACAGUUGUCUAAACAGAUUGAUGGUAUGAUUUAUCAAGCUCUGCGGUCUCUGACUACUAAGUUGUAUGAUAAUUAUCAGUAUUUUACUGGUGGUAUACUGUGAGGAUUUAGCCGGAUUUAGCAGGAUUUAGCUGGAUUUAGCAGGAUUUAGCAGGAGAAUGGUAGGAGAGUCACAGAGAGCUGAUUUUGCAGAAUUUCUAUCGUCCGAUUGUGUAUUAUAAUAGUUGAAACCGUCUUUUGGUUACGCAUUGUAAAUGAAAUAGACUAGUAUUUUUUGGUUAUUUUUGUACAUGUUUAUUUUACGUGGCUGCGCUACUUCUGUUUUAGAGCAGAGAUGUUUAUUGAUUGGUAAAGUUGAUAAGAUGUUGCGUUUUCUACUUGAUAUAUUGUAUAGCAUUCUUGGCAUAGUUCCAUUGAGUGAAUAGUUGAGACUACGCAUAGAGAAUUUACAAAUAGUUGAGACUACGUAGAGAAUUUACAAAGAUUUUAUUCAAGGCAGACAGUAAUAGGAAAAUGUUUAAUGACUAGAUUUAUUUUCACUUUUAAUCCCUUUCCAUCUGUAAGUUACAUUGUUUCACUGAUUGACCAUGUUGGUAAAUGGUUUAGAAUGGUUUAGAAUAUAUCUGAUA